AUGUUGUCUAAUAAAAAAAGUUGGAAUACUUUCAAAGACUGGAUAGGGAACAAGAAGACCAAAUUCAGAAAGCAGAAUGCCGGGCCCUCGACUUCAAGUUCACCCUCCACAUCUGCCGACGCCGACACCUUCUCCAUCACCAGGCAGAGAGCCAUUAGUGGAUACAAUCUGUUCAAGAGGGAGUUUUUCAGAGGUAAAUCUGGAAAUGGCGUGACUACGCAGGCUGCCAGUGCCUGGAGGGGAAUGGGACAGGAGCAGAAGGCGGCCUACAAUAGCAGAGCAGCAACCAUGAAGCCUGCCGUUCCCCAGGAGAUACAUGUAAGCGAAGAUGCCAGGGAGAGGGAAGUAAGAAAGCUGUACAAGAGGGCAAAGGAAACACUGAACAAAUUGCAGUCUUGUGGUUGCGAUGCCUACUUCAUGGCUGUAAACCAUAACACCAACAAGGCCAUGCAGCAUGGUACAGAUGCUGGGCUGAAGUACAUGGCUGAAAAACAUCCAGAUCUGCUGUGGGAGUUUGGAACAUCUGUUUCAGGAGGGGACCAAGAUGACACCAAGAAGAUGAUGCAGGAUGAAGUGAUGGACCUCUUGACACAGAAGUGGCGUAAGUUGUACUGUACUUCUUUAGCAUUUCAGUGUGAAGUAAAGAGAACAAAGUGACAAAAUGAAACUGCCCAAGC